AUGGGUUUGUGCUCGGUGGUUGAAAGAAGGAGAAAGAGAUGGGGGAUUGAGUGGACGGGAGAGAGCAAGGGGCGAGCGCCAUGGUCAAGCUGGCGCUGGCGGGCGGCGCGCUCUGGUUCGGCGCCUCGAAGACGAUCUGCAACAUCGAGGGAGGCCACCGGGCCAUCGUCUUCAACCGCUUCGAGGGGAUCAAGGACAAGAUCUACCCCGAGGGGACUCACCUCAUCGUCUCACUCAUCGGGAGGCCUAUCAUCUAGGACGUCCGCGCCCGACCCAACCUCGUUGAGAGCACUUCCGGGAGCAGGGAUCUCCAGAUGUGCUAAGAAUUUGGAAAUCAUGAAUCUUGGAGAAGAUAGCGUUGAUGGAAGUGGUGCCGUUGCAGCUGCUAUUCAGAGCACUAUAGACGACCCUGAUCCAUAUCUGAAUGGGAUUAAAAAUCAGGCUGGUGACGAAGAAAGUGAUGAAGAGGUACUGCUUCUUACGUCCUGAUGUGUACGGAGGAGCACGUCCGAGCAAAAUUGUAAUAUGAGCGAAAUUGUAAUUACUGUUCAGUUUAAAUACAAUUAUGUAGAGAAACUUUAGA